UUUACAUCUAGAAGUGUUAAACAACUUAGAACAUGGCACCUUUUCACAUUUUUGGUGGCAGACCAUCCAAUUUUUAGGUGAGCAAAAGUAUAGGAACAGAGUCUUAAAGUAAAUUAGAAAAACAAUAGAAUUGACCCUGCUGUUCCAAUACUUUCAGAGGGGACUGUAUAUGCACUGAAGUUACACUAGAUGAAGAAUAAUGGUAAAAUAAAAAUAAAGUUUGAAGUGCAAAUAAAAGCUAAAAAUAUACAUAAAUAAAUAAAUAUAUACAUAGCAUAUUUAAAUAUACAAGUUUAUACAUAUAGACUUGAUGUUUAUACUGUAAUAUACUUCAGACACAAGGUUUUAACAGCAUUAAACAACAUGACGUGCUGAUCUAUUUCGUAGAUCAUGAAGUGUAUUAUUAUUAUUAUUAUUAUUAUUAUUAUUAUUAUUAUUAUUAUUUAGAAGAAAACCAACUUAUUUAAACAACAAAGGCUUUAUUUCAUUUUAUGGCUUAGAAGAUGAAUAUUUGACAAUGCCAAUCUGUAUGAAUCCAUCAGACAGAGUUAAACCAAUCGGUGAAAGUUUUCACAUAUCCAGUUUUAUCUGAAAAUAGAGUGUUUACUUUAUUAUAGCAGUGUGUUGAAUGAUAAAGGCCUGUAACACUGAUUUUCUGAUAAGUGGUCGACUCAAGAGCUCAAACAAAAUUUAAUCACGAUGAUCUAUUUGAUCCUUGUAGACCAUCUAAACGGUCAUUUUAUUAAAUAUUAUAUAAUCUUAUUUAUCUAACGGCGGGGAUAGAGAGACAUGGAUGAAGGCAGAGAGACAGGUCUGUGUGUUAUUAUUACACAAUGCCAAGGUAAUAGAGCUGUAAGACAUCAGAUAUCAAAUGUGUGUGUGUGUGUGUAAAUGUUCACAAGUCAGGUUCUAUCUGAAACAAGAGAAUCUGCAUGAACUCAUACUUGAAGACCGUGUAGGUUACUCUUCACCUUCCCAUCUCACCCACUUAUAAAAGGUUUGACAGACAAACACACUGCUGAGGAAAAUUCACUAAUCAACCUGAUCCAGAUGAUGGUGGUGUCAGUCUUCUACGUGUUUAACUUUUUUGAGUUGCACACGUUAUAAAAGAAAUCAUUUUUAAGCAGUUUAAAAAUGUGGACGUGGAGGUCAUGCAGAAUAACACGAGGUAGUGUUUACAUGUCUACAGUAGCCCAUUUACAGCCAAAAGCACCACAAACUAUCUUUAUUCCUGUGCAGAUGUGGACAAUAAAACAUCUGCGACAUCAGGGACAAUAAUAGUCUGAGACGUGAUACACACUUAAACCUGUAGAGCUGCAAUACACACAUUCAGAUUCCAAAAAAAGUAGAGAUCUGUAUUUUCUGACAGGUAGAAACACACACCUGCGUCAUCAACCUGUUCACAGGAAACGCAGCACAGUUUCACUUUCACUACAAACAGCAGUGACUGUAUUCUGUACGACGUGAUCUCGGAUAUCUGCGUGUUUUACUGAUCUUCGGUCUUCACAUUAUUCCGAGUCGCUUCAUGUGUGUGAUUUAAACUCUCCUCGGAAUCGAAUGAUGGAGGGAAAGAGAUCAGACUCACCAGAACCCAGCUGUGUGUCCAUGAAGAGCGACGGGUCAAUGCCUCAACCAGCUAACUUCAGAGACAGAGACAGAUCUUCUGAUCCGAGAAUGAUGGAGGGAAAGAGAUCGGACUCACCAGAACCCAGCUGUGUGUCCAUGAAGAGCGACGGGUCAAUGCCUCAACCAGCUAACUUCAGAGGCAGAGACAGUUCUCCUGAUCCGAGAAUGAUGAAGAGAAAGAGAUCAGACUCACCAGAACCCAGCUGUGUGUCCAUGAAGAGCGACGGGUCAAUGCCUCAACCAGCUAACUUCAGAGACAGAGACAGUUCUCCUGAUCCGAGACCACAACAGAAGAAAUCAAAACUCAGCAGAAAUCACACAGCUCUCGCUAACACACUGCAGAACGAGUCUGUGGCCUCUGUGUAUCAGACAAAACUGAAAUCCAACCUGAGAGAGAAGUUUAAAAGAAUUAAUGAAGGAAUCUCACAGCAUGGAAGUUCAGCACUUCUGAAUGAGAUCUACACAGAUCUCUACAUCACAGAGGGUUGGAGUGGAGACGUCAAUAAUGAACAUGAGGUGAGACAGAUUGAGACAGCAUCCAGGAGACCAGCAACACAGGAGAAACCCAUCAAAUGUAACGAUCUCUUUAAAGACAAGUCCAUCAGAAGUGUGCUGACUGAAGGAGUUUCUGGAAUUGGAAAAACAGUCUUUGUGCAGAAGUUCAUUCUGGACUGGACUGAAGGAAAAGCAAAUCAGGACGUCACCUUCAUGUUUCCACUUCCCUUUAGAGAGCUGAAUCUGAUGAAGCAGGAACAUCUCAGUCUGAUGGAUCUUAUUCAUCUCUUUUUCCCUGAAAUAGGAAAGCUAGAAUUAAUACACUGUGACUCCUACAAAGUGCUGUUGAUCUUUGAUGGUCUGGAUGAGUGUCGACUUCCUCUAAAUUUCCAGAAGAAUGUGAGACUGUGUGAUGUGACAGAGUCAGCCUCAGUGGAUGUGCUGCUGACGAACCUCAUCAAGGGGAAUCUGCUUCCCUCUGCUCUCCUCUGGAUAACCUCUCGACCAGGAGCAGCCAAUCAGAUCCCUCCUGAGUGUGUAGACCAGGUAACAGAGGUACGAGGGUUCAGUGAUCCUCAGAAAGAGGAGUACUUCAGGAAGAGGAUCAGUGAUCAGAGCCUGGCCAAUAAAAUCAUCACACACAUGAAGUCUUCAAGAAGCCUCUACAUCAUGUGCCACAUCCCAGUCUUCUGCUGGAUCUCAGCCACUGUUCUAGAGAGAAUGUUGGGUGAAGCAGAGAGUGGAGAGAUCCCCAAGACUCUGACUCAAAUGUUCACACACUUCAUGAUCUUUCAGAUAAAACACAAGGACCAAAAGUACCAUCAGAAAUGUGACCCUGAUCCUCAGCAGACCAGAGAGAGUAUCCUGGCACUGGGAGAACUGGCUUUCCAACAGCUGGAGAAAGGAAACCUGAUCUUCUAUGAGGAAGACCUGAGAGAGUGUGGCAUUGAUAUCAGAGAAGCUUCAGUGUACUCAGGAAUGUGUACCCAACUCUUCAGAGAGGAGUUUGGACUUCACCUGAAGAAGGUGUUCAGCUUUGUACAUCUGACUGUUCAGGAGUUUCUGGCUGCUUUAUACACAUUUCUCUCCUUCAUCAGCAGAAAUGUAACAGAACAACAAACCACUGAUCUGUCUGAUCUUCUCACCAAGUCAGACAUGUCUGAUCUCCUCAGGAGUGCAGUGGACAAGGCCUUAAAGAGUGAGAAUGGACACCUGGACCUGUUCCUCCGCUUCCUUCUGGGUCUCUCACUGGAGUCCAAUCAGACUCUCUUACGAGGCUUAAUGCCCCAGACAGGAAGCAGCUCUCACAGCAAACAGGAAAUAGUCAAGUACAUCAAGGAGAAGAUCCGGGAGAAUCCAUCUCCAGAGAAAUCCAUCAAUCUGUUCCACUGUCUGAAUGAACUGGAUGAUCAUUCUCUAGUGCAGGAAGUACAAACUUACCUGAAGAAAGGAGGUAACAGUCGUCUCAGGGGAAACAUACUCUCUCCUUCUCAGUGGUCAGCUCUGGUGUUUGUGUUACUGAGCUCAGAUCAGGAGCUGGAUGAGUUUGAUUUGAGGAAAUAUCACCCAUCAGAGGAAUGUCUUCUGAAACUGCUGCCAGUGGUCAAAGCCUCCAGAAGAGCUGAGCUGUGGGGGUGUAAUCUGACAGAGGAAAGCUGUCGAGUUUUGUCCUCAGUUCUCAGCUCAAACUCCUCCAGACUGAGAGAACUGAACCUGAGUCAUAAUCAUAAACUGCAGGAUGCAGGAGUGAAGCUGCUCUCUGCUGGACUGGAGAAUCCACACUGUACACUGGAGAUACUGAGACUGCGGUGGUGUAAUCUGACAGAGGAAAGCUGUAGAGUUCUAUCCUCAGUUCUCAGCUCAAACUCCUCCAGACUGAGAGAACUGGACCUGAGUGGAAAUAACCUGCAGAAUUCAGGAGUGAAGCUGCUCUCUGCUGGACUGGAGAACCCACACUGUACACUGGAGAUACUGAGGUUGUCUUGCUGCGGUAUUACAGAUGAAGGUUGUGUUGCUGUGGCUUCAGCUCUGAGGUCAAACACCUCAUCACACCUGAGAGAACUGUAUCUGUACUACAAUAAUCCAGGAGAAUCAGGAGUGAAGCUGCUCUCUGAUCUACUGAAGGACCCACACUGUAAACUGGAGACACUAUAG